GAAGAUGGCGGCCUCCAGGGACAGUUUUGAGAACGAGGAGGCAGAAGGGAGCGAGGGCUCCCAGGCGAGCUCCGGAGUGCAAGUGGUGCUUCCCUCAGAUCCCGGCGCCCCCGCCCCGCUUUGUCCUCACGGCCCCACUCUUCUGUUUGUCAAGAUGAGCCAGGGGAAGCAAGAAACACGGAAGUUUUAUGCCUGCUCAGCCUGUAGAGAUAGAAAAGAUUGUAAUUUCUUUCAGUGGGAAGAUGAAAAGUUGUCAGAAGCUAGACUUGCUGCCCGAGAAGCUCAGAACCAAAGAUGUCGGCCUCCUCUGUCCCGAGCACAUUGUGUAGAAAGGUACCUGAUGUUUAUUGAGUUGCCCUUGGUGCAGAGAAAGUUCUGUCAAAGUUGUCAACAGCUGCUGUUACCUGACGACUGGGGUGAGCAUCGAGAGCACAUAGUGCUGGCUGAUGUCUCCAUCGCCCAGCUGAGAAGGCCCAGCCGGCUCCUUUUCCCCUUGGAAAACAAGAAGACAAAUGCUCAGUAUCUGUUUGCUGAUAGGAGCUGUCAGUUCUUGGUAGACCUCGUCUCUGCCCUUGGAUUUAGAAGAGUACUGUGUGUUGGAACACCCAGGCUGCAUGAACUGAUCAGGUUGGCAGCAUCGGGUGAGAAGAAGUCAAACAUUAAAAGCCUUUUAUUGGAUAUUGAUUUUCGGUAUUCCCAGUUUUACCUGGAAGACAGCUUUUGUCGUUACAAUAUGUUUAACCAUCAUUUCUUUGAUGGGAAGGAUGCCCUCGAAGUAUGUAGAGCGUUCUUACAGGAAGAGAAAGGUGAAGGUGUCAUUAUGGUGACAGACCCUCCUUUUGGUGGCUUGGUUGAACCCCUGGCCAUUACAUUCAGGAAGUUAAUUGCUAUGUGGAAAGAAGGCCAAAGCCAAGAUGACAGUCACAAAGAGCUGCCCAUCUUCUGGAUUUUCCCCUAUUUUUUUGAGUCUCGAAUUUGCCAGUUUUUUCCAAGCUUCUGCAUGCUGGAUUACCAGGUAGAUUAUGAUAAUCAUGCACUUUAUAAACACGGGAAGACAGGUCGAAAGCAGUCUCCUGUGCGUAUUUUUACCAAUAUCCCACCCAGCAAGAUAAUCCUUCCUGCUGAAGAAGGGUACAGGUUUUGUCCACUGUGCCAGCGAUACGUUUCUCUUGAGAAUCAACACUGUGAGCACUGUAAUGCUUGCACAUCCAAGGAUGGCAGGAAAUGGAAACAUUGCUUUCUCUGCAAAAAGUGUGUAAAGCCUUUGUUUUAUUUUGCAGCCUGGAAUCACUGCAGCACUUGCAGUCAGUGUGCUGUUCCAGACCACUCCUGUGCACAUCCUAAAAGUGGCUGCUUUAUCUGUGGGGAGUUAGAUCACAAACGCAGUACUUGUCCCAACGUCGGCAUCGUGAAGAGAGCUAACAAAGCUGUCAGAAAGCAGAAGCAGAAGCAAAGAAAAGUAAUAAGAUAAAAAUGGAGCCCACGAAAGGACAAUCCAUGAAUCACACAUGUGCUGCGAGGAGAAAGAAGGGGAGGAGAGAUCCCAUCAAUAUCCUUGCUCUUAAAUGUCCAGCGACUGCAGAAUAAGGAAGAUUUAUGGUCCAACCUUUGAUGCCAUUUUCUGCAAGUGCCACACUGGACUUAAAUUCAGUUGCUUUCAAAGGUGUGCACCUUCCUAAGCUCAGUAACAGGCAGGUGGCAUUUGCUGGCUUAUUGUCCCAUCAUCCAGCUCUCUGGAGACCAGGGGCAUUCUCUGUCUCCCGCUGCUGUUCAGGCUCGCUGUUCUUUCAGUCCUUCACAGUUUAUUAUUUGGCUUCUGCUGUCUGAAAAAUGGGCAUGUAGUGUUCUUUUAUAGGUAAUAGAAGACAAAAAUGCAAGGGACAAUAUGUCAAGCUUUUAUGUUAAUUUAGAGAUGAAAAUAUUUAAAUUCUAAGCAAUAGUUUAAACUCUCUGUCAAAGAAAUUUCAUGUAUAAUUCAUUUUAUAGCGUAUCUGAAGACAAGAGGCAGAAUUUUUACAAAGGCACUCUAAAGAUAGAAAGAUUGUAAUUGUUGUUAUUACUAAAUAUUUAUUUUGCUAGUA